CGUGAUUCAAGAUCAGAGCUCGAGUUUAGAAAAGACAUUCAAACGACGUCGAAGAGACAACGCUCUUGGCUCCCUUUCAACUCAUGAGAAAUGGAGAGAGAAGCUUAGAAACAUGCCUGUUGAACCUCAACCUUUGUUAUGACCAGCAAGAAAUAGGUCUACACGGAAUCAAUAUAACAAUGACGAACUCAACCAAAGGCGGGAACUACGAAUUUUAUUGCCCACUCAGUCUUUACGGAUUGCAUCUCAGGAUAAUCAUGUCAACGCUAAAUAUACCAUUAUCAGUCACCGCUGUAAUGGGAAAUAUUUUGAUCAUUGCUGCCCUUCGAAAGAUACCAACAUCGUCCCUUCAUCCACCAUCGAAAUUCCUCUUCAGCUGUCUCGCAUGUACCGAUCUGGGCGUAGGGUUAAUCACUCAGCCUUUAUUCCUCAGCUUUUCAUGGUCUACCGAACACUCCAAGCCUUGUUAUUACCUUGUUAUCUUGCUGUACACAAUAGGGGGGACAUUUUGCGGCGUCUCAUCUCUAACUGUGACUACUAUAAGUGUGGACAGACUUCUCGCCAUGUUAUUAAGACUUCGAUAUCGACAAGUGGUUACGUUGAAACGAGUGCGGCUCGCCCUUCUUCUCUUUUGGCUUCUCAGCUCUGGUGUAGCGAUGACAAUGUUUCACGACUUGCGCCUCUGCACAACAUUGAUCAGCAUCAUACUAUCUGUGUGUCUAAUGAUCUCGACUGUGUGUUAUGUGAUAAUUUAUCGGACUCUCCGUCAACAUCAAAAUCAAGUGCAAGACAUCGGUUAUCAUCGAGAGCUUAACAAAUGGGACAAUCCGUCAAAUAUAGCACGAUACAAGAAAACAGUUUCCAGUGCUUUGUGGGUGCAGUUAGCACUCCUGGCUUGUUAUCUCCCAUAUGGUACGGUGGCAGCUGUAUUUGCCAUGACUAGAUGGCGAACGGCGAGUCUUGAUCUCGCUUUAGAUGCAACACUAACUCUACUAUUCUGCAACUCGGCAGUAAAUCCGUUUUUGUACUGCUGGAAGAACAAGGAAAUAAGAAACGCAGUGAAACAAAGAACCAGACAGUGCCUUUGUUAGCAAGUUUUCUGGUAAAUUUUAACAAAGGUCAACUCGUUUUAUUAACGGUCAACGGUCAACUCGUUUUAACAACGUCAGCUGAGAGUGCAGGCGCCAGACCGAGGGGGACCGGGUAGGAAUGAGUGCAACAUCUCCAAAGUCCACAAUCGUUUUUCCUUUUUCUUGAUUAGCUUGAGAGUUCAAGGGUGUAACUUAUGUUGGACAGCGAUUCUAUUGUUCAGCACUGGAGAUAUGGCUGGUCCACAAACUUCUAGCACAUCACACUUUACUUCGGUUACAUGACCAGGUGUUUUAACCUUCAUACAAUUCCAUUGCAACAUGGUAAUAAAGAGCGAAAACGAACGAGUGGUUUUCAGUUUAAG